CCACCAGUCCCGUUGUAAUUUAAUCGGUAAGAGCUUGCAAUCGCUCGUCGCUCAGGCGGUUGGCUUCUCGUCUCGGAUUUUCUAAUGCAUACCAGAUCACCAUGAAUCGCUUUCUUGCCAGAAAGAAGGAGAAGAAGAGGCAGCCGGAGCCGAAACCCCAAAUCGAUCUGACCACAGCCCUACCUGCCGCCGAUGAUUUUCGCACGAGUCUGAUCAUGCCCGGUCUGUCGACGCGCUUCAGCAUGCUGAGAGAGCAGGACGAUCCCAGCUCCAAGAUCGGAAAGGCAAGCGAUGACAGUGUCUUGGUUCCAAAGCGCCAAUCUCGCCUCCACGAGUUUGGGUUUGCCCCAGGAGGUCUAUCAGAUAUUGCUGAGGUCUCUUCACUCCACGGAUCAUCCCGUCGCCUUCCUUCCGAACGGAAAGGUUCAUACGACAGCCACGCCACGGACGAUGGAGCUUCCAGUGUCAUGAGCCGGUCCAGACCCGGAGAGGGCAACGUUUUGUUCGGCGGAAGGCAAAAGGUGUACAAACUCUCCAACACUGGGACAUCGCAGGGGAAACAGCUGUACGAUGACGACGUACACCUGUCAUACUUUCAGAAGAUGCGGUUGCAAGAGAAGGAGAGGCUCGCUGCCCAAGAGGCAUUGGAGCGCAACAGCACAACCGAAGAAGCAACGAGUCCGGGUAAAGAUGUCUUCUCCCCUUCGGCGGACGGCUUUACCAAGCGAAGAGAGACAUCCUCCUCGACCAACUCUGGCAGCAAUGCUCGCAUAUCGACUGCCGCUACCUCCAUUGCUUCCCAAGGUGCCGGGGCUAUCGCCACCGCUGCGCCGGCAUCACCUACCGAGCUUACCCGCACCACUACCAAGGUACGGAGACUUUACGAUCAAGGUCUCGAUCAACAGCUGCAUGAGCAACAGUCCUCUGCUAUCAACCGCCUGAAUUCCAUACAACGCGCUCGCGGGCCGGGCGGUAGAGCAACGCCUCCCUUGCUGUAUACUCAGUCUCGAUCCGCAACGAACCUCAACGAUCGCUUCAAUCGCGCCCCUUCGCGCACGGAAAGUCCCACCUUUUCCCACAGCCCCGCAUUCCCACCGACCCGCGAGGUCCAAUCAGAUGCAUCGAGUCCGACGUUGUCCAGACCACAAUCGCCCAGUCUUUUGGGUCCCUUGAGCCCGCUGAGCAACUACAGUGAAGAGAACCAGACUUUGAACACUGCGUUGCAGUACCAGGACCGUGGGAAAGCAACGGCAAUGGGUGCUUUUAACAAACCGAAGCAAGCCUUCAGCGAGGAACAGUAUGCAGAGCGUACAAAGCGAAUGCAACAAGAACGCGAUGCUUCAACACCAAAGCUGGAGUAUCCCCGUAAGAUGUCUUUGAGGGAGCGUGCUGAAAUGGAAAAGCGGAAACGCGCUGGCGCCGGUUCUCCUGAGCAAUCAUCGCCCGCACCAACUGCUUUCUCCAUGUUCCAAUCAGCGGCGACGCAAAUGAGGGCUUCUCCGACAGAUCAGCCUCCCGUACCACCCAAGCCAACAUCCGACACCAUUCAAUCGCCCGAUUCCCAAACAGGCGCUACAUUCCUGACCUCUGCAGGAUCCACCGAUGACGAAGGAGAGGUAACUCCGCCCCUAGCCCUCAAGAUUACGGAUCGAGGACGCAAGUUGGAAAACUUGCCCACGGCAACAGGACCAGCACCCCCGAUUCUCGAGCAUCCCGCCCUUAGGUCGCGAAGCAAUUCUGGACCCAAAGACCACAUGGAACCCCCAGCUGUGCUUGAACCUGUGCAAACAGAUGCUCCUGCACCACUUCAAACAGAGACGGCCACAGAGUCCAAAGACCCGGAUGUUGAUUCGCCCACUCUUGGUCCUAACGGUGGUGGUCUCAGCGGUCUGGUACGACAGCAUCUGCGCAACGUGAGCAAUGUUUCCUCGGUUUACGACGAUAACCAGAGUGUCCUGAGCCCCCCGCCAACCCAAACACAGCAUGUGGGCUUACAGCGACGUCAACCCGCCUCCGAGGCAGACAGCCUCACGUAUUCGGGCUACAGUCACUCCAAUCCGUGGGAUCUUGAUGACAUCGAGAGCAACCCGUAUUAUGCCGACCGAGGAAGCAUGAGUUCAGUCAGCCCCACAUCGGAGAUGCCCAAACAAACGUUGCCACAGCCCACCAAUUUGGUCAUGUCGCCUACCGAGAGCACAUUCCCAAAGGAUGAUGAGAAGACACAUCAACGCGGCCGCAGCACCGAAGAGCAUGAGGCGUUGCAGAGUGAUCUUGCUAAACGCCAACGUGCUAUCCAGCAAAGCCUUCGAGCCAAGGCCGAGGGACGAUCGACCAGUCCUGCUCCCGCUCCCCCAACUUCGUCUGGCGGUCUCAAGAAUGCUCUUAAUAUGCUUCGUGCCAAAUCUAGCAGAGAAUCAUUUGCCACUGUUGACACCCAUCGUACAGUAGACGGCUCUGGAAAGCCCCUGAAAAAGUUCGGGCUGGGCGCGAACGCCAAUGGAAGCAACAUUUCUCUAGGCAGCGAAGCCAGCCGACGACCUCUGCGCAUGCGUCAGCAGAGCGAGACCAGGCAGCGGUCUGCGGCGGAGGAGAGCACCAACAGCAGAUCGCGAUCUUCGAGAGAGCGAUCGACCUCGCCUACGUCCACAGCACGAUCUGCCAGCCGCCCACGCACUUUGUACCGCGACGAUCUGGGGCAGUCCAUGGCAGAGGGUGUGAGUGUAACCCGAUCCAGCGUGUAUCCGGUCAACGAUAUCCCGUCCAUGCCUGGCUUUGCGGCCAACGCGACUCAACCUUUACCGAUGGAUAAACCCUCGCCGGACAAGCAAAAGAGACUGCGAUCACGAAGCAAUAGUCGUACUGCCGCUGGAAAGCACCUUCAGCCUAUCCAGAUUGGUCACGAAGGAAGCCUCAGCCCGAAGCCGCUUCAAUUUUCGCCUGGUCUUCCGGUUUCACCCCGUCCUUCACCUGGUGGGCCGAGUCCCAACAUGAAUGCUUUCCGUCCACAGGGCUCGCCUGUGCCCCCGUUCUCCGCAAGCAACACUCCACCAGUCUCCAAUCCGGGGACCCCCGUUGGGUCUGCUUUUGGCUCAAAGAGUGUAGUUCCUCCACCCAUGUUGAAAACUGGCACGUUACGUAAGAAGUCGAUUGCCAAGGCAGACAUUGGAGAUCCACGUCUUGUUUCUACCACCUCGGUGAUUGACACCAUCAGUCUGGCUGACGCCUCUAUCAAGAACAGCAUGAUACACUCUGCACCGCCUGUCCCUCCGAUCAAUCCCAUGAGGCGACGUGUCGGUACCGGAAAAUCCGAGUAUUUUGAUCCUGCGGUGCAGCAUGGUCUCGAGCCACCGGAGAGCCCAAUCACCAGCUCCGGUCGGGCAAAUUCCUCGGAUGCAGUUCCAAGCCAAUCCAAUUUCUCAAAGCCAAUGCUGAGGAGCGCAGCCAGCGAAGGCAAGAGCCUUCGCGGACUGGCUCGGUCUCAGACGGACAGCGUGGCAGUAACAAGCCCGCCAGUGCCAUCCGUGCCCUUCGGUCGUAACAACUCACCACCUCGCCCCAUUUACGACCAACCAAUCGCCCAGAAAAACAUGGAUGGGGCCAUGUUCUGA